AUGUCUGAGCCGGUCGCGUCCAGCACUCACAUGUCCUCAUAUUCUGUCAAGGUCACAAAGACCCCCGCCAUAAAGAAUGCGCCUCUCAUAGGUCUGGCCGAAGGCUCUGGCCACUUCAACAAUAUCCAUUUGGCGGCGUUGGUUCUGGUCGUUCCAUGGUUUGCAAAGCGCAUCCUUCCGCUCUUCAACCGCGGUGGGUUCAAGACCUACUGGUUUUUAGUGCUCGUGCUUGGUCUCCCAAUUACUAUGGCAUACUGGACGUUGAUGAGCAUGUACGGCCCCCGGAAGAACCACAAGAUCCAGCUUCCGGACCGAAACAUUCAGGAAUAUAUUACGAUUCACGACGAAGAGUUGAAGAAAAAGUAUCACGACAAGCAGAAGAUCCCGAUGCAGGUCUUCCACGACGCGUACUUUGACGGCUUGAUUGACUUUAACGGCGACGUUCUCGAGAUCAUGGAGCAACGCCAUGACUGGGCAAAAAUGACUUUUACCUGGGAGCUCUUUAAAUAUGUCUUUUUUACGCUCGUUCCCGAUGUUAUUCGGCACACCGAAGCUCAGGACGAAGAGCAAGUUCGUGAUCAUUAUGACCGUGGUGAUGAUUUCUAUGGAUGGUUCCUUGGACCGCGUAUGAUAUACACAUCUGGAGUUGUUCGGUCGCUUGAGACGGAAGAGUCGCUUGAGCAGCUGCAAGAUAACAAGUUGACCCUUGUCUGUGAGAAGCUAGGGCUAACCCCCGAAGAUCGGCUUCUGGACAUUGGUUGUGGCUGGGGCACUCUGUGUGCUUUUGCCACCAAAAACUAUGGCUGCUCUGCUACUGGUGUUACCCUCUCCAGAAACCAAGCGGAGUUUGGAAAUGAACGUAUUCGCACGAAUGGAGGAGACCCGUCUCGUUCAAAAAUCCUGUGCGUAGACUUCAGGAAGGCACCGGGUGGCAAGGGUGCCUAUACAAAGAUUGUCAGCUUGGAGAUGGCUGAGCAUGUUGGUAUUCGCCGCUACGGUGCUUAUUUGCGACAGGUGUAUGAUCUUCUCGAAGACGAUGGCAUUUUCCUCUUGCAAGUCGCUGGUAUUAGGCCGCACUGGCAAUACGAGGAUCUGAUCUGGGGGCUUUUCAUGAACAAGUACAUCUUCCCCGGUGCUGACGCGUCUUGCUCUCUGGGUUGGGUGGUCACACAAGUAGAAGCGGCCGGCUUUGAGGUCAAGAAUAUCGAUGUUCUCGGUGUUCACUACAGCGCAACCAUUUACAGGUGGUACAAGAACUGGGUGUCCAAUAAGGACAAUGUGAUCGAAGCUUAUGGCGAGCGGUGGUACAGAAUUUGGGUAUUCUUCUUGGCGUACUCGACGAUCAUCAGCCGUAACGGUGGAGCAGCGGUGUUCCAGCUCACACUGCACAAGAACCUCAAUGCAUAUCCUAGAAUCCUUGGCGUGCCGACACAUUCGUCUAUUCACGUCACACCCGAGAGAGAAAUCUCGCCUGUCGUUUGA